AUGGCCGGUGUGGCCUCAGCGGCCGUGACGCACCAGUUGGACGUGGCCAAAACGCUUCGGCACGUGGGUAAGCCCAUGCCGGACACGCUGGCUGGUUGGUUCGUUGGAAUCUGCAUGGGCUCUUUUGCGCAGGGCUUUCGGUUCGGAAUCACCCUGAUCCUCAACAUGACGCUUCAGAAGAGGCUGGAUAAGUGGCAGAAGGCCGCAGCGGGUAAGGGAGGCUGUUGUAGCAAGGUGGUAUCGUUUGCCAUCAGCAUGCUGGCUGCGGGCACAGGCGAGUUCUUGGCUAACCCUCCGGUUGUCAUCAAGAACUACCAGAUCGCCAACAAUGUGGGGAUCGCGACUGCCUGUGAAGAGCUUUGGGCGAUGGGUGGGCCCCCGCGUUUCUUCAGCGGCGUUGGCAUGGGUGUGCUCCGCAAAUCCUUGGCCAAUGGCGUGGUUCUCCAGACGAUCGGCCCUACAAAAUCCUUCCUCCUGGCCUCAAUUCCCAGUCUCCAGACCUCUCAGGUGACCCUGAGCUUCGUGGCUGGGAGCUUGACGGGGAGCUUCGCCGAGGUGAUGACAAACCCACCGGACCAGGCCGCACGAAGAACGCGUGUUGGCGUGUAG